GAAAAGAAAUUGAAAGCAGCACAGGAAUUGAGUGAAAACUUUGAGACAGUAGUAUCAUCACAACAAUAUCCACAGUUCCUAGCUGAAGCUAUUCAAGUUUUUGUAAGAAUAUUAAAAGAUGGAGAGCCGUUGUUUAUUGCUGAACAACCCAUGCAGCAAUUACGAAAGUUAUUACUUGAAAUUAUUCAUCGUAUACCAUGUAAUGAUCAUUUGAAGAAGUUUGUUCAAACAAUUCUAUCUUUAAUGUUUAAAUUACUCAAGGAGGAAAAACCUGAUUCAAAAUCUAUAAUUCAAUACAGAUCAAUGUCUAGUAUCUGGCUUAAAAAUGACUUUAUAUUUUUCAGAUUCAAGAUUUUAUGCACUACAACUAAAGUCAAAGACGUCUCAGAAAUUAACAUUGAUAUUUGGUUACAAGAGAUCUAUACAACAACCAAUGUGCAAACAGAUAAAAAGAAUGCAGACAAUGCAGCUAUAUCGGUAGGAACUAGUUAUACAUACAAUAUUAUACCAAGAGGGAUGCAAUCUCUAAAAGUUCUAGCUGAGUUACCAAUCAUUGUUGUAUUGAUGUAUCAACUAUACAAAACCAAUGUUCAUCCAGAUAUGGCUGAAUUUAUACCUUUGGUCAUGAAUACCAUUACUUUACAACCAUUACCUGCUCAAAGAUCAAGUCUAGCUUUUAAUAAAGAAAUAUUUGUGGAUUUUAUAGCAGCUCAGAUAAAAACCCUGUCAUUUCUGGCCUACAUCAUCAAAUUUUUUCAGAAUCAAGUUAACAAUCAUGCACAACAAAUGGUACAAGGUCUGUUAGGUUUACUAUCAUUGUGUCCACCUGAGGUAGCACACCAUAGAAAGGAACUACUGAUAGCAGCUAAACAUAUUUUAUCUACUGAUCUUAGAAACAAAUUCGUACCCUGUAUUGAUAAGUUAUUUGAUGAAACUAUAUUAAUUGGUACUGGAUGGACAACAUACGAUUCAUUACGACCACUAGCAUACAGUACACUAGCUGAUUUAGUUCACCAUGUUCGUACAGCAUUACCAUUAAGUGAUCUAUCACUAGCUGUUAAUUUAUUCUCUAAGAAUGUACAUGAUGAAUCACUACCUAGCAGUAUACAGACUAUGUCCUGUAAACUGUUACUAAACCUAGUAGAAUGUAUUCGACAGAAAAGUGAACAAGAAAAGGGAGAUGGAAGACAGUUGUUAAUGAGAAUGUUAGAAGUAUUCGUAUUAAAAUUUAAAACUAUUGCUAAAACUCAACUCCCAUUAAUAUUACAAAAAUGUAAACCACAGCAACCGGCUACAACAGAGAGUAAAACAUUAGAUGGAGUGAAGAGCCCAGUUGAUGUCAAACCGUUUGUGAAUACAGAUAAUAAAGAAGAGAAAGUCUUCUGUCCGUCACUGAUAUCUUCAGAAGUCAAAGAUAAAGAGGAAAAGUAUAAUGUCUAUACUGUGGCUGAUUGUAGAAGUUUGGUAAAAACAUUAGUUUGUGGAGUUAAAACUAUAACUUGGGGUGUUCUGUCUUGUAAAGCUAUAGGCACAGGUAGCCUAGUUCAGAACAAGAUGUUUUUAUCUAAAGAAACAUUAGUAUAUGUAAGAUUAGUGAAAUAUGCUUUAAAGGCUCUAGAUAUAUAUACUAUUAAUGUAACUUCGGCAGGUCAAGCCUAUAUCAGACCAGCAGCGGUACAAACAGUUCGAACUAAAGAGGAAAAGGAAGUUUUAGAACAUUUUGCUGGAGUUAUCUUAGACAAGUUCGAAUUUGAUGAUCUUUCGAUGAGUGUUUUUGAGUUAUUGCCCUUGAUUUAUGAAAAACGCGUCAAAAUUUUUAUUGCCCAUGACUUGGUAAAAACGCAUCAUAAUUUGUUGGCGAUAGAGGUGACAGUUUAUGUCAGAAUUUUAUUAAAUAAUGUUUUUUUGGAUUUAUCGGAUUAUAUAAGGAUCCUGUUAUGUUAUUUAUGGAUAAUUACUAAGUUUUUUGGAUUUAUCAGAUUAUAUAAGGAUCCUCCUCAUCUUCAUACUAUAGUUAAUCAAUCCAUGGAUCUAGCUAUGAGUGCUAAAGAACCCUAUAAUUAUUUCUUGUUGCUAAGGGCUUUAUUUCGCUCUAUUGGUGGAGGCAGCCAUGAUCUACUGUAUCAAGAAUUUCUACCUCUCUUGCCCAAUCUGUUACAAGGUCUGAACAGUUUACAGAGUGGUUUACAUAGACAACAUAUGAAGGAUCUGUUUGUGGAAUUAUGUUUGACAGUACCAGUUAGACUGAGUUCUCUAUUACCGUAUUUACCCAUGUUGAUGGACCCACUUGUCUCAGCUUUGAACGGUUCACAAACCUUAGUCAGUCAGGGGUUACGAACAUUAGAACUAUGUGUUGAUAAUCUUCAACCAGAUUUUCUCUAUGAUCACAUACAACCUGUACGAGCUGAAUUGAUGCAGGCUUUAUGGAAAACCUUACGCAACCCCACAGACACUAUAGCCCAUGUAGCUUUUAGAGUCUUGGGCAAAUUUGGAGGAGGAAACAGAAAAAUGCUACGAGAACCACAAAUGCUAAGCUACAAUGAUAAAGAAACAGUGGGACCUUGUGUAACAGUCUAUUUUCAAGAUUCUAAAGCACCAUUAUCAUUACCAGUAGAGAAGGUAGGCUAUAUAUAUAAUUGA